AUGGUUGUUGUGCUUGUGUUCUUGCUAGCCACUACUCAUGUUUUGGGUAGUAGUGAUGAUGACGAGGGACAUCAUAAUGGAGCUUCUCAGGUGCAAUACUCGUGUAUAGAAAGAGAGAGACAAGCUCUUCUCACCUUCAAACAAGGCCUUGAUGAUAUGGAUAACAUCUUAUCAUCUUGGACAAGGAACAACAAAGAAUGCUGCUCAUGGAGAGGUAUCAGGUGCGAUAACUUAACUAAUCAUAUUGUCAUGCUUGAUCUUCGCCCUAAUUUGAUCCCUACUUAUGACGAUGAUUUCGAUUGGCUUCCUAUGGGUGGUGAAAUCGGUUUCUCUUUGGUUCAACUCCAUUACUUGGAGCAUUUGGAUCUUAGUUACAAUGAUUUCACUACAAUUCCAAAGUUUAUCGAUGCUUUCACAAAUCUCAGAUAUCUCAACUUGUCAAAAAAUCCUUUAGUUGGAACUAUUCCUCCACAACUUGGAAAUCUCACCAAGUUGAGUGUUCUUGAUCUUACUGGCUAUUUCAGCAAGUUGACUACUAAGAGUUUCAAAUGGCUUUCUCAUCUUUCUUAUCUCAAAAUCUUUAGAUUGAGAAGUACCAAUUUUACCCAAGCUUUGGAUUGGUUUGAUUCCUUUAAAACAACUCCAUCCUUGUCGUACUUACACCUACAUGAUUGUCAAUUUCCUGAGUUGGAUGAUUCUUCUUUUUCUCAUACAAAAAACUCCUCAAAUUCAAUCACAACCCUUCAUGUCUCUGGUAGCACGUUUGGAACUUCAACAAUUUCACACUUGCUUAACUUGAGCAAUAACCUUAUUGAUCUCUCUCUACAACUCAAUUUCCUCAUCAAAGGUAGUUCUAUUCCAGAUUCUUUUGAAAAUCUAAGAUCUCUAAGGCGUUGUUACUUGUUCUCUAAUCAGUUUGAAGGAGAAGUACCAAAAUCAAUGAAGAAUCUUUGCCAUCUUCGAGAAUUAGUCAUGGUUCGCAAUAGUUUCACUUCCACCCUACUUGGUAUCCUAGAAAGCCUCAAACAUUGUAAUAACAAUUUUUUCACUGGAGUUGUCUCUGAACCACAUCUUGGGAACCUCUCCAAAUUGCACUAUCUUGACUUGUCUUCCAACUCUUUAACUUUGAAAUUGCCAUUCAACUGGAUCCCCCCUUUUCAACUCCAAUAUAUAAGUUUGAGAUCAUGCAUGUUAGGUCCUCAUUUUCCUUCUUGGCUCCAAACACAAUCAAAUGUUUCAUAUCUUGAUUUAUCUAGUUCUGGGAUAAUAUCUAAUACCAUUCCCAAAUGGUUUUUCAAUCUAACUUUCAAUUUAUAUUAUUUGGAUCUAUCUUUCAACCUUAUCAAUAGUACCUUACCAAACAUUCCACUAAACUCCAAUAAUUUCCCUUAUGUUGAUUUAAGCUCUAACAAGUUUCAUGGCCAUAUCUCACCUAAUUCUCUUUUCAAAGCAAGUGUGUUGAAUCUUUCCAAUAAUACCCUCACAAAAUUUGUGCAUCACUUUUGCACCACUCUACAUGAUAGGGAAAUGAUAAUUCUUGACCUUUCCAAUAAUCAUUUAUUGGGAAGCAUUCCUGAUUGUUGGUUUCAUCUACAACAUUUGCAAGUUCUUAAUUUGCACAAUAAUAGAUUGUCAGGAGUGAUCCCAAACUCAAUUUCUUCUCUACAUGAACUUGAAACAUUGCAUUUGAGGAAUAAUAGCUUGUCAGGAACUUUACCAUCAACCUUGAAGAAUUGCAACCAAUUGACUUUUCUAGAUGUUGGAGAGAAUAAAAUGGAAGGAACUAUACCGCCAUGGAUUGGAGAAACAAUGAAGUUUUUGGUUGUCCUUCAACUAAAAUCUAAUAACUUUUAUGGAACAAUACCAUCAAAUCUGUGUCAUCUUCAUUUUAUUCAAAUAUUUGACAUUUCUCAAAAUAAUAUACAUGGAGCUAUCCCAUCUUGCAUCAACAAUUUCACAUCAAUGGUUGAGAUUCUAAUGCCUGAAGAGGAAUUUAGAUCAAUUUCAGUAUACUAUACUUUUGGUCGAUUAUUUUAUGGAUUAUAUGACAAUAAUGCAUUUGUUAGAUGGAAAGGAAAAGAAUAUGAGUAUGAAAAUAUUUUGGGAUUACUGAGAGUCAUUGAUCUUUCGAGCAAUAGAUUAGUUGGAGAGAUUCCCAAAGGAUUGACAAAUCUUGUGGAACUAACUCAAUUGAACUUGUCAAGGAAUAAUUUGAGUGGAGUCAUUCCUGCGAAUAUUGGGAACUUGAGUAAGCUAGAAUCACUAGAUUUGUCCCAUAACAAUUUUUAUGGUAACAUUUCUAUGGGAUUGGCCAAACUCUCCUCUCUGGCAUAUUUGGACCUAUCAUAUAAUCACUUUUCUGGAAGAAUCCCUACUGGCACUCAAUUGCAAAGCUUCAACGAUUCUUCAUAUUUUGGGAAUUUUGGACUAUGUGGACCUCCACUUUUGACUGCAUGUCCUGGAGAUGAGGGAAAAAUCAAAGAUCAUUUUCCAGAAAAUAAAAACUAUGUUGAACAUGAUCAAGAAAUGUUUGACAUGUCAUGGUUUUACAUCGGACUAGAAGUUGGAUUUGCUCUUGGUUUUAUUGGAGUUUGUGGAACUUUGUUCUUAGGCUCUAAGUGGAGAAUUAUUGCCUAUUUUUGGUGCUUAAAUAGCUUUGAAGAUUGGCUUUACCGUAUGAUUCGCAUUAGAAUAUCUAAAUUAAGAAGACACCUUCAAAGCUAG